GGAAGUCAAGAUCAAGAUCGAGGAGCGGCCGAACGUCAACAUUUGGCAGUACUGAGCACAGCUGUUGGGAAUCAGCUGACUGAGAAGCGUUAUUGUAGUAGGAAACUUGAGGAACGAAACGUGAAUUUGCAACAAGAUGCCCAUGGACAGUGUUCCGUGUGAGGUGCGGGCAGAAGCAUCUGUGGCAGCAACUGAUUAUGAUGGAAUUGUGCUGGUUACUGACUCUUUGGAGAAGCUUCAAGGACAGUUCAGCCCACUUCUGGCACCACUCAAAGAACAAGCAAGCUUUGAUGAGUCACUGUUGAAGGAUGGAGGCUGUGUCAGGGUGGAGUUGCCUGCUGGCCGCUUAGUUUUUGCCCCCACUGGCCCUUUGGAGCGUGACCAGGAUGAUGUGCGAAGGUUUGCAGAUGCUGCUGCAGAAGGGAUAAAAAGAGCCUUAAAAGUAGGAAUGCGAAGGCCUCUGCUUGUACGUGGCCCUGAUCAGGCCUUUCCUCAGGCUGACCUGGUGACACUGCUGGGUGCUCUGCGUGCUUUAUAUGUACCUCUUGAGAUCAGAGAGGAUGUGCCAAAGAAGGCCACAAAGACAUCAGUGCUUGGUUUUGUGGGUAGCAGCAAGAUUGUUCAAUUGGCAGUUGCCCUAGAGAGUGGAAGGUUUGUUGCACGUGACAUAGGAGGCUCUGACCCUGAGCGCAUGGCCGCUCCCCGAGUGGAGGAUUACGUUAAGAAGGUGUUUGAGGGGAGCCGUGUGACUGUGAACGUAGUGUCAGAUGAUGCAACACUCUGCCGCGAGUUCCCUCUUUUUUCAGCUGUCAAUAGAUGUGCUAAAGGGGUAGCACGUCAUCGUGGGCGUGUGAUUCACCUCACCUAUGUGGGGUCAGGCCCUAUAGAGCACACUCUGAUGCUAGUAGGAAAGGGAGUUACUUAUGACACUGGUGGAGCUGAUAUCAAGGCCGGAGGUGUUAUGGCUGGUAUGCACCGGGACAAGUGUGGCUCAGCAGCUGUAGCAGGUUUCAUGCAGAUCCUCAAUAAACUGCAGCCGCCCAAUUUGAAGGUAAUUGGCUCCAUGACAAUGGUCCGGAACAGUGUGGGAUCAGAAUGCUAUGUGGCUGAUGAGAUCAUCACUUCUCGUGCUGGAGUAAGGAUUCGAAUUGGCAACACUGAUGCAGAGGGACGGAUGGCCAUGGCCGAUGUGUUGUGUCUCAUGAAAGAAAAAGCUGUCAAAGAGGUUAACCCUCACCUGAUGACCAUUGCAACACUAACUGGUCAUUGCUGUCUCGCAUAUGGCAACAGCUACUCUGCUGUCAUGGACAAUGGCCCAGCCAGCCAGGCUUCCAUAGCCCGCACCAUCCAGGCAGCUGGAGAAGAGGUGGCUGAUCCACUGGAGGUUUCAACUAUUCGACGUGAAGAUUAUGAAUUCCAUGUUGGAAAGAGUGAAUAUGAGGAUGUCUUACAAAGCAACAAUAAACCCUCGACUCAAACUCCAAGGGGCCACCAGAGUCCUUCAGCCUUCCUGGUGUUAGCCUCAGGUCUGGAUAAGCAUGGGAAGGACAGCAAGCAACCCAUCAAGUACACACACUUGGACAUUGCUGGAGGAUCAGGACCCUUCCCAGGCAUCCCAACUGGAGCACCAAUUCUUGCUCUGGCGAAAGCCUUUAUACCCAGUGUCUUUUAAUAAUCUAGAAACAUGGACUUGGCCUUGUACUUAGCAGAUUGCUCUGUAGUAAGGUGAUAUAAAUUAUUUUGUUAUAAUUCAUAUAAAGAAAUCAGUACAUACAUUUUUUUGGAUAUGACUGAUUUUUUUUUCCCUUCAUCUACUCAAAUUUUAUUACUUCUCUUCUACUCAUUUAGAUGGAUUUUGUAAGAAAUACAGAUUUUAUAACUCAAGCCAUACAAACAUAUUAGUUUCCAUAAUUUUAAAUGACUUCAGGGUAAUAAUGAUAAUGAAUAAGGUUGUCAUUGCCUGAGAAUUAUGCUCUUAUGUUAUUCUUCAUUGUUGGGUAAUUGGUUGCUUUGGUGAAGCUAAUUAAAACUGAAAAUAUU